AUGACUCGCUUGAUUUAUUCGACAGUUCCGAAUAGUUCGUUUUUGCAGAUCAAAAGAGCUGCUCUCAAUGAACUGAUUGAUCACAUCACAACUACUAAAGGUGCCAUCGUCGAGUCAAUCUAUCCAGAGGUGAUAAAAAUGGUGUCAAAGAACAUCUUCCGUGUGCUACCUCCAUCGGACAAUUCUGAGUUUGAUCCUGAAGAGGACGAGCCUACUCUCGAAGUUUCUUGGCCGCAUUUGCAGCUGGUCUACGAAUUGUUUCUGCGAUUUUUGGAGUCUCCAGAUUUCCAAGCAUCUAUCGGAAAGAAGUACAUUGAUCAACGCUUUGUGUUGAACUUACUUGAUCUAUUCGAUUCUGAAGAUCCGCGAGAACGCGAUUUCUUGAAAACAGUCCUGCAUCGCAUCUAUGGCAAGUUCCUAGGACUUCGCGCAUUCAUCCGCAAGCAAAUCAAUAACAUG